GACUUGCAUUCGGCGAAGCUAUCCUACUCGAGAUCGGAUGCGACCUGGUGGAUCGAACGAACUAUCGAAGCCGCGUACCCAGGGCCUCUGCGUAUUCUUGGUGGCUGAUUACGUAAACCUGAGUCGAACACGGGUUUAUGGUUUGCCGCAUUUCUUCUUUUCCAUCCACUCCAAAACGCAAAGCAGAGCACACCCGAGUCCACCACCGCUCGCCGUCGCUAAUGACGAUCCCCCGUCGUCUUCCUCGCCUUCCCACGGCCACCGCUGCCAUCAAGCGGUCGGCCGGAACUCUUGUCGUCGACCUCGGAGGAAUCGGCGCGAGACCCUCAACGGCUGCCCUGGCUGCAGCCGCGACGGCCGCCGCCGCCGCCGGCCGCGCCUCCGAGUGCCAGUCCCUCCUCCUGCGCAUGUCCCGCCGCCGCGGCGCCUCCCGCCGCGAUAUCGUGUCCUCCCUCCUCGCCUCCUCCCCCACCUUUCCACAGACGCAGGUCUUCGACCUCCUCAUCCGCACCUACACCCAGUCCCGCAAGCCCCGGGAGGCCUUCGAGGCCUUCCGCCUCCUCCUCGACCACCGCGUCCCCAUCCCGGCCUCCGCAUCGAACGCCCUCCUCGCCGCACUCUCGCGGGCCGGGUGGCCUCACCUCACUGCGGAGGCCUACCGCCUCGUCCUCUCGUCCAACUCCGAGGUAAACGCCUACACGCUUAACAUCAUGGUCCACAACUACUGUAAAACCUUAGAGUUCGAUAAGGUUGACACUGUAAUCUUCGAGAUGGAGAAGAGAUGCGUUUUUCCGGAUGUGGUUACACAUAAUGUGAUGAUUGAUGCCAGGUUUCGUGCCGGAGAUGUGGAUGCAGCAAUGGCAUUGGUCGAUUUGAUGGCUAAUAAGGGGCUGAAGCCUGGCAUCGUGACAUACAAUUCAGUGUUGAAGGGUUUGUGCAAGCACAGAAGGUUGGAUAAAGCAAAGGAGGUGUUCGGAGCAAUGGACCAAUGUGGUGUUGCAGCGGAUGUUCGGAGUUUCAAUAUUUUGAUUGGGGGAUUUUGCAGAGUUGGGGAGGUUGAGGAGGCAGUGAAGUUUUACAAGGAGAUGCGACAGCAUGGUGUUACACCAGAUAUGGUCAGCUUUAGCUGCUUGAUUGGAUUGUUCUCAAGGAGGGGAAAGAUGGACCAUGCAGCAGAAUACUUGAGGGAAAUGAGGGUUUUUGGUUUGGUGCCUGAUGGUGUGAUUUACACAAUGGUCAUAGGUGGAUUUUGUAGGGCUGGGUCAAUGUCUGAGGCUCUGAGGGUUAGGGAUGAGAUGGUUGGUUGUGGAUGUCUGCCAGAUGUGGUAACCUACAAUACCCUGUUGAGUGGGCUUUGUAAGCAUCACAGGUUGCUUGAUGCUGAGGAGCUUUUGAAUGAGAUGAAGGAGAGAGGGGUUACACCAGAUUUAUGCACUUUCACAACUUUGAUUCAUGGAUAUUGUAGGGAGGGUAAUAUAGAGAAAGCAUUGCAAUUGUUUGACACAUUGUUGCAGCAGCGCUUGAGGCCAGAUGUUGUGACAUACAAUAGUUUGAUUGAUGGGAUGUGCAGAAAAGGUGAUCUGGCCAAAGCUAAUGAGCUAUGGGAUGACAUGCAUGCUAGAGAAAUCUUUCCCAAUCAUGUUACCUACAGCAUCCUGAUAGACAGCCACUGUGAGAAAGGACAAGUUGAAGCUGCAUUCAGUUUUUUGGAUGAAAUGGUCAAUAAAGGCAUUGUACCAAACAUCAUGACCUACAAUUCCAUUAUCAAGGGUUAUUGCCGGUCAGGUAAUGUAAGAAAAGGGCAGCAGUUCUUGCAAAAAAUGAGGCAAGACAACAUACUGCCGGAUUUAAUUACUUUCAACACCUUGAUCCAUGGUUAUAUUAAAGAAGGAAAUAUGGGUGAAGCUUUCAAUGUACUUAACAUAAUGGAGAAGGAAAUGGUACAGCCAGAUGUUGUCACGUAUAAUAUGCUCAUAAACGGGUAUUCUGAAUAUGGCAAUGUGCAAGAAGCCGGUUGGGUUUUUAAGAAAAUGGGUGCUAGAGGAAUUGAACCUGAUAGAUAUACAUACAUGUCUAUGAUAAAUGGUCAUGUUGCAGCUGGCAACUCGAAGGAGGCAUUUCAGCUUCAUGAUGAAAUGAUCCAUAGAGGAUUUGCUCCUGAUGACAAAUUCUGAGAAGUACUGGUAAUGGUAUUGUACUCUUGCCAGUGUCUUUGGAAUUGUUGCCUCCACAGAUAUUGUGAAUUUGAUGAGGUGUUGAAGGAAGUUAUUACUAUGGAAGUUCUCUCCCAUGGGAACUUUGUAUUGUGGGAGUGGUUUGUUCACCAAGGUCCAGGAAUGUUGGACAGAAGAAUUAUAGAAAAUCUUCUUAACCUCUCAGGGGCAGAUCCAGAAAAAUGGGAGAGCACUGGAACUUCAUUACUUGGUCUUGGUGAGAGAGACAGAUACUACAAAGUAGGUAAUGCCCGAGCUGCGUAUAUGGUCUACAGAUUCCACAAUAUGGCUAAGCAAAAACUGCUGCCCAGAAAAAAGAUAGAAAAUUGAAUGGGAUGCUAAAUAUGCCGUCUCCUUCAGUCUGCGCUCCAUAAGAGCAGCCAAAAGAACAUUGAAUGGGAAAAUGAAUAAAAGAACACUGUAUCAAAACUGUACAUACCUUCAAAAGUCUUCAUGGGUUUGGGCAUCUUCCUCCAGGAUUAUUGGGAUCAAAUGUGCAGCCGGAUGCGCCGGGCAUUGAGGAAGUCAAGGACGCCGAGCUUCCUCCAUGUGGGCUUGAUUUCUCUCUCAGAACACGGGAUGCAGCGAUAGUGGCGGCUUGUGCGCUCAGGACCAGGAUGAGAAUGAGAAUCAAAGGCAGUGCUUGUUUUCUUUGGUACAACAUAGAUGGCAUUCUGGUAUCUUCUGAAGUUUAGUAGUAUCGGGUGAGAUUCGAGGCUUACGUUUGGUAAGGCUAUAUAGGAGCAUAUGCUUAGCACUCCGCGUUUGGUUUCCUUGAGGCUCACGGUUUCGACGCGUUCAACAGUUCUGGCAUGUGGAAUAUUGGCAAAAGUUGACCGCUGCAAGAGUCGCGUCGACUCGCCGGAACAAGUUCACAGAAGGAACACACUUCCACAAUUGUAUUUCUGAAGUAAAAUAAGAUCGUUUGUUUACUGUUUCUGCUGCUAUUUAA